UAAUGGAGAAAUCCAAAAACGGCAGGAAGAAAAAUCUCACAACAGCUCUGGUAAAGAUGAACAUGGAAAUAUUAGUGAUGCUGUUAAUAAGGGAUGACUGGGCUGGGCCUCCCCGGGAAGGUGGUGGAUGAGCAUGUUCUGCUGUGACAUCACAUCACGCCUCGCGCCACCUCACGGGCUUCUGUGAGGUCACAGCUGCACAUCCCUUAUUGCCCCGCAGGGCUGUGGACGCCCGCAGCCUGCUGCAGGGAGCUCGCCGUGGUCUCACGGCUCAUUGCUCUCAGCAGGCCCGCUCCUUUCGGGGUGCUCUGUGGCUUUUUGCCCAAUCGGGCAAAAAGCGUGUGUGUGGAAGGGAGGCCGGGAGCUGAGCACUUGUUUCCUCCCAGCAAUGGCGAGGAGACGGGCUCCCCAGCGGCAAUGGCGCCGCCCAGAGACGCCGGCAGCCUCUGCCGAGCGGGACUCCGAGGUGGUGCUGGAGGCCCAGGUGGCCGGGGCCGGCCUCAACGUCGCCAGUAAGGCGCCCACUAACAGCAGCCACCGCGCCAGGAACAACGCUGGUAAGUGCCACACCGCGGAGACCCUCAGGGCGAGCCCAUCCCUCGGCCAUCUCGGCUACGCUGCUGCUUCGCGUUACAUGCAGAGAGGCUCCACUUUUGCACCCACCCAGCCUGGCUCGCCCAGGCCUUACCACCCCGCAGAAACCGCAAAAUCACAAAAUCACAGUCGCAGAGAGGGGUUUAGAGCAAUCACGUGACUAUGAUGCAAUGACCUCUACUUUCCCUGUUGUUGUGGGGUGCUGUGGUACCCGUGGGACACGCUACCAAAACCUGACCGGCCGCGCUGCGGCAGCAGUGGCUGCAGGGGACGGCUCCUCGGCUCCCCGGUGUGGCCCUGCUCCAAGGCACGGCCACGGCACUGACCCUGCCUGUGGAGGCAGCACGAGGGGCUCAGUGCGUCCCUCCCACGGGGAGCUGAAACUCCUGGCAGUCCCGCAGGAGGGACCACAGGAGCGAGACCUCACUUGCCACUGGUUUCUUUGCCCAGGGAUCAUCUCCCGCAUCACUUGUUACCUGGCGAUGGCCAUUAUCUUCCUGCGGAGACUCAUCAGCACCUGUGUCUCCGCCAUGCAAAAGAUGCCCCAGAAGAAAAAAAGGCUCUGGAAAGUCCUCUUCUGCAUCUCUGCCACUCUUGGAGCUGCCAGAGCAGUCUGCAGUGGAGACGAACCCCUUGCAGAACUCGCUUGCUUUGUUGAGGCAGCAAGUCCACAAGACGCAGCUUCUGUGGGAGCAGGUGGCUCGCCUGAGUGCCGAGAUCAGCAGUGUGAAGAAGGAAGUUCAGCAGCUGAGAGAGGCAAUGCCCGAGACCGCUCUGCAGGACUAUGCCCACAUGUCCGACAGGGCCCUCAGAAGCUCAGGUGCCACCAUCGACAUCCGGAGAACGUCCAAGAGCUACGAGGGGCCAGAGCAUGGGCUCUGCAGGGCUCUGUGGUUGCUCUGCUCUGCUGCAAACCCUCCACAAACAAUUCUGCAGCCAGACGUGACUCCCGGACAGUGCUGGCCUUUCCAAGGGUCUCGGGGGCAGGUGGUCAUUCGGAUGCCUGCACCCAUCCAGCCAACCGCUGUCACCGUGCAGCACAUCUACAAAGCAGUCUCUCCGUCCGGGACCGUCAGCAGCGCCCCCCGACAUUUCACUGUCUCGGGAGUGGACGAGGAGGCGGAAGAAGAAACUCUCCUUGGGACAUUCAUGUACGACGUGGAAAAAGAGGCCAUGCAGACCUUCCCUCUCAAGCAGGAGCUUUCCAGACCCUUUCAAUACAUAAAACUUUUUGUGCGGAGCAACUGGGGAAACACGGAGUUCACCUGCAUUUACCGCGUGCAGGUUCACGGGAAGGUGGCGAGCCAGACCUCCUCUCCGCAACCCGAAGACAUGAGGAGACCUCUUCUUAA